UUGCCUUAUUUACAGAGCAACCAUAUGCUCGAUCUAAAAGGAGCAACCAUUCAAAAAAUGACCCUGCUGCUGGAGGGGAGUCGGGACAGCAGCGGCUGAUGCUAACCAGAGCAAUGUGGCAGCUGCUGUGCAUAAAAGAGAUGGGGCUGAGGGGCUGCAGGGCUCACCAUGAAGUCCCGGGGAGGUGAUGCAUCCGACCUGGAGGAGCUGGAGAGUGGCAGCAGCGAUAGCAGCUCUGGCAAGUCUGUGCCUUCCAGCAGGGCCCAAGGCAAGCGCAAGCGGAAGAGCCCUCAUCGGAGUGGCCUGAGCAAGCAGAGGCAAGCUGCCAAUGCCCGGGAGAGGGACCGGACCCAUAGUGUCAAUACAGCCUUCAACACCCUCCGCACACUCAUCCCCACGGAGCCUGCUGACCGCAAGCUGUCCAAGAUAGAGACCUUGCGCCUGGCUUCAAGCUACAUCUCUCACCUAGCCAACAUGUUGCUCUUACAGCAACAGCAGCAGUGUGAGGACUUGGGAGCAGAACCGGGGCCAGUGAGGCAACCCUGCUUGCAAUACCAGCCUCUCCUGCAGGGCAGAGGCAAUGCAGCAGUGCCAAGACCAAUCUGCACCUUCUGUCUGAGCAACCAGAGGAAGCAGCACAGAGAAAGGGAGAAACACUUAUCUCUUUAACAGUUUUAUGGACACUGAUUCAGAUGAGAAGCUUGCAAAAGUGUUGGACUGGUUAUUGAACAGUUGUGGGUAAUGUAUCUGCACUCAUGGACUAAUGUUUACAUUUGAAUUGUGCAAUUGUAAAACAAGAAAAGGGAAAGGAACCCUUGAUUUGCACUUUGUUGUCCAUUGCAAGGGGUUUAUUCGAGGGGCUUUUUGCAGAUGAAACUGAACACGGUGGGGAAAGUUGCACCUGGUGUGGCAGCUAUUUUUGUGCGAGAAAUGCUAAACCUAAGCAGCCAAGCCCUGAUACUGAUGCCUCUUAAACCUAUGUCACAUGAUGAAACCUGAGCUUUCAAACACCCAGUGU